AUGUUUCUGUCGCGGAAGGUCUAUUCGCUCUUCUCCCAAAAAGCCUCCUUUCUUCUUCCCAAGUCCAAGUCCAUUUAUACGAGACCAAUUGCUUCAUCUUUAUCACAUACAGCCAGCAGGAUGCACUCAACACUUCCCCGUCUCCCCGUCUUCGAAGCAAUAGCCAGCCACGACCGGAGUUCCCCCGUAGUCAUCCAUUCCCAAUCCGGGCGACGCUUUACCUACGGCUCCCUGUUGCACGAUGUAGCAGAUGCGAAGGAGAAGCUGUUGGCGGAAGCGGGAAGGAAUACGAUUGAGGGGGAGAGGAUAGCGUUUCUAGUAGAAAAUAGCUAUGAUUAUGUGGUAACUCUACUUUCUAUCCUGGGCACUCAUGCUAUUGCUCUGCCUUUAAGUGCUGCGUUCCCGGCGGCUGAGUUGCAAUAUAUACUGGAUCAGAGCCAGGCAAGCAUGCUGCUUUCUUCCGCGAAGUUUGGUGAAAAGGCACAGCAGGUUAUUGAGAAGGGAUUAGCAGUUGCGCCGAAGCAUGUCAAGUUAGAAAAGAGGUUCGGCGCGGAGGUAAAAGGGGAUGUCACGUUGGAGGAGUGUGAGGAGGGGAAAGGCGGGAUGAUGUUAUAUACAUCGGGGACUACUAAUCGACCAAAAGGAGUUUUACUCCCCCAAAGAGUAAUGACGGCACAAUCCCAAUCCCUAGUAACAGCAUGGAAAUAUACCCCCGCCGACCAUCUCCUCCACGUCCUCCCCCUGCACCAUAUCCACGGCACCAUGAACGCCAUCCUAGCCCCCCUCCUCGCCGGCUCCACAAUUGAGUUCCUCUUCCCCUUCAACGCAACCCAGGUCUGGUCACGCUUCGCCUCCCCCUUCCUUCCCUCCCCAAAGACGACAGAAAACAUAACCUUCUUCACCGUCGUCCCAACAGUCUACAACCGACUCCUCGCCACGUUCUCCGACCUCCCCCCAGAAACGCAAACAGCAGCAAAAACAGGAAUCUCACCCGAAAACCUCCGCCUGGCGAUCUCAGGUUCCGCCGCCUUACCCACACCAACGAGAAAGGCAUGGACAGACCUCUCCUCCGGUAAUGUACUCCUAGAACGCUACGGCAUGACAGAAGUCGGCAUGGCGCUCUCGUGCGGCCUAUCCCACACCACCCGACUAGACGGCAGCGUCGGCUUCCCCCUGCCAUCCGUGCAAGUGCGUCUCGUAGAUACGGACACGAACGAGAUCAUCCAACUCGGCGAGGAACUCGACGCAGCUGGCAAGGAAAGGGACGGCGAGAUUCAGCUGCGCGGUCCCACGAUCUUCAGCCAGUAUUGGCGCAAUGAGAAGGCGACGAAAGAUGAGCAUGUGGCUGGUGAUGAUGGGCUGGGGCCGUGGUUCAAGACGGGCGAUGUGGCGGUUCGACGAAUCAUCGAUACUUCCUCAUCUUCCUCUUCCUCUUCACCAUCCUCUUCAUCAUCCUCUUCUACUAAUCAAGAUCAAGAUCAAUAUCAAGAAUGGGCACAAGGACCCAUGUAUUUCAUCCGCGGCCGGAAAUCCGCCGACAUCAUAAAAUCCGGCGGCGAGAAAGUCUCAGCGCUAGAAGUAGAGCGCGAGAUGCUCGCUCUGCCACAGAUCGCCGAGACGGCCGUAGUAGCGGUGCCGAGCGGGAACUGGGGACAGAAGGUCGGCGCUGUGGUUAUGCUGAAGGAGGGCGUGGGUCGGUGGACGGCGUUGGAUUUGCGGAGGGCGUUGAAGGGGAGGUUGGCUGGGUAUAAGAUCCCGCAGGUUAUGAAGGUCGUGGAUCAUAUCCCGAGGAAUGCUAUGGGGAAGAUUAAUAAGAAACAACUGGUCAAGGAAGUAUUUGCGGAUCAGACGAGUGGGGACGAGGCAUAG